AUGGUGUCAUUUUUAGCGAGGAGAUUGGUUACUCGGGCCAAUCUUCGGGUUGGUCACAGAGCAAUUUCUUCUUCUAGAAAUUUGCUGGCAGCUAGCAAUUUUGGAAUGCCUGCCAUGUCUCCCACAAUGACAGAGGGUGGUAUUGUCGAAUGGAAGUUCAAGGAGGGAGAAUCGUUCUCUGCCGGUGAUGUACUUUUAGAGAUUGAGACUGACAAAGCUCAAAUUGAUGUUGAAGCUCAAGAUGAUGGUGUUUUGGCCAAAAUCUAUGCUGAAGCUGGUGAAAAGGGAAUUCCUGUUGGAAAGCCAAUUGCAGUUAUUGCUGAGCCGGGUGAUGAUCUUGCUAGUCUCAAGCUCCCUUCAACAGAACAAUCAGAGGGUGCCACCGAAACUCCCGCUGCUGAGCAAUCUCAGGAAGAGUCCAAGCCUACUGCUUCCGAAACAUCCUCUUCAAGCUCUCAUGCUUCUACUUCUUCUCCUUCAUCAGGAGCUUCAGCUAAUAAAAAACAAACCCUUCUACCAUCUGUGGCUGGUAUUCUUAGAGCCAAGGGAAUUUCGUCAGAAGAGGCAUUGGAAAAAAUCCAAGCAUCCGGUCCCAAUGGACGUAUUUUGAAGGGUGAUGCCCUUGCAUAUAUCGGUUCUAUCUCCAAUGAGAGUGUUGAUGCAAUUUCUGAUAACAUUAAGAAGCUGCAAAAACUUGACCUGAGUCACAAAUUACAGGAGCCUAAAGCCAAAUCUGAGAGUUCUGAUUCCGAAAAAGCUCCCGAAAAGGCUGCAGCUUCUCCUGUUUCUAGCCAAGCAGCUCCUGAGCCUGUUUCCGCCAUCUUUUCUUUGUCGGAUGUAAAUCUUCUUAAGAGUACUCUUGAUGCUACUCUUUCAACUUCGAUUUCAGUCCAGAAUCUAGUUGAAAAGGCAAUCAAGCUUGCUCUCAGAGACACUCCCAAACUUACUAGGGCUCGUAAGAGCAUUUUGAACGAUCCUAUCUUUGACGACAUUGUAUCUAUUUCCCCAAGAGGAUCCAAAGCUUUUGACUACAAAGUGAGUUAUCCAACAUCCAGCGCUAGAUCUUCUUCAGCCUCUGUUGACAUUUACGACAUUUUGACCUCGUCAAGAAAGCCUUUGAGAUCACCAACUGCAAGAAUUGCAUCUACUGAAUUGCUUAAGAUUUCUGUCACCCCCAACUCUAAGGUUUCUGGAAGUGACAAAAAGGCUCAGGUGUUCCUCGAUCGAGUUGGAUAUUAUCUAGCUCAAGGCAAGGGUGACCUUGUUUUGUAA